AUGGUCAAAGCAUUAAUUGCAAUUACAUCUUACAACGAAGUUUUCUACGACGACGGAGCUAAAACAGGGUUAUUUUUCAGCGAAGCAUUACACCCAUUCUUGGUUUUUAAGGAACACAACUACGAUGUGGAAUUUGUUUCUGAAACCGGUAUAGUAGGCUACGACGAGCACUCUCUUAGUCCAGACUUCUUGAACGGGAAAGAAGCUGAAGUGUUCAACGACAAGAAUUCGGACUACAGUGUUUCGAUUUCCAAGAUUAAGAAGGCUUCGGACGUCAACGCUGACGACUACAAAAUCAUCUAUUUCGCGGGAGGCCAUGGUACCGUGUAUGAUUUCCCACAAGCUACCGGCUUGCACAAGAUUGCCCAACAAAUCUGGAAGGCGAAUGGCGUGGUGGCAGCCGUGUGCCACGGUCCGGCUAUUUUUGAUGGAUUGAACGACCCGGAAAAUCCCAACAAGUUAUUAGUCGAAGGAAAGACUAUUACAGGCUUUACCAACGCCGGUGAAGAGAUCAUGGGUGUCGUAGAGACAUUAAAAAAGAAGAAUUUGGGUUCCAUUGAGGAUUUAUCUACACGCUUGGGUGCAAAGUUCAGUCCACCUUCCGCACCUUUCGAAGAACAUUCAAUUGCUGAAGGGAGACUUGUUACAGGGGCAAACCCAGCAUCUGCUAGCUCUACUGCCGUCAAAGCUAUCAAAGCAUUAUCUUCCUAA